CCCGGCCUGGCCCGGCUCUGGGGCUGGUGCUGCCUGGUGCUGGGCUGCUGGCGCGGCGCGCUGGCCUGCCCCGCGUCCUGCCGCUGCAGCUCCUGGCGGAUCUGGUGCGCGGAGCCGGCGCCGGGCAUCGUCUCCUUCCCCGUGCCGCAGCGGAGCGCCGAGGGCGACAAUGUCACCGAGAUUUACAUUGCAAACCAGAGGAAGUUAGAAAGUAUCAAUGACAAUGAAGUUGGAUUUUAUGUUGGACUUAAAAAUCUGACUGUGGUGGAUUCAGGUUUACGGUUUGUGUCCCGUCAGGCAUUUGUGAAAAACGUCAACCUACAAUACAUCAACUUAUCCAGAAACAAGCUCUCAAGUUUGUCCAAGAAGCCUUUUCGCCAUCUGGGGUUGUCUGAUCUGAUAUUGGUGGAUAAUCCAUUCAAGUGUUCCUGUGAAAUUAUGUGGAUCAAGAAAUUUCAAGAGACCAAGUUCUACACAGAAACUCAGGAUUUGUAUUGCAUAGAUGACAACAACAAGAGGACAGCUUUGCUGGAUAUGAAGGUCCCAAACUGCGACUUGCCCUCGGCCAACUUAAGCAGUUACAACAUCACUGUUGUGGAAGGCAAGAGCAUCACGUUGUAUUGUGAUACUGCUGGAGGGCCACCUCCUAAUGUGUCCUGGGUGCUCACUAAUCUCGUCUCAAACCAUGAGAGUGACACAAGUAAGAAUCCUGCCUCGCUAACCAUAAAAAACGUUUCAUCCAUGGACAGCGGACAGUGGAUUUCUUGUGUAGCGGAGAACAUCGUGGGAGAGGACCAGGCGUCUGCCGAGCUCACGGUGUUCUUUGCACCAAAUAUCACAUUUAUUGAAUCUCCAACCCCGGACCACCACUGGUGCAUUCCAUUCACUGUGAAAGGGAACCCUAAACCCACAUUGCAGUGGUUCUAUGAAGGGGCUAUACUGAAUGAGUCUGAAUACAUCUGUACUAAAAUACAUGUUAUCAAUCAAAGUGAAUACCACGGCUGCCUUCAGCUGGACAACCCUACCCAUCUGAACAAUGGUGCUUAUACCUUACUGGCAAAGAACGAGUAUGGAGAGGACGAAAAACGCGUUGAUGCUCAUUUCAUGUCAGUGCCUGGAGAUGGUAGUGGCCCAAUUGUGGAUCCAGACGUUUAUGAGUAUGAAACCACGCCUAAUGAUCUUGGAGACACAACAAAUAACAGUAAUCAAAUCACUUCUACGGAUGUUUCCAACAAAGAGAAUGAAGAUAGCAUCACUGUUUAUGUUGUGGUGGGAAUUGCAGCACUGGUGUGCACUGGCUUAGUGAUAAUGCUAAUUAUUCUGAAGUUUGGAAGACACUCUAAGUUUGGGAUGAAAGUUCAUGGUGAAGUAAAAGGAGUUGGUCUGGUAGAUCAAAUAUGGCUUUCAUUGCAAGACUGCGAUAAUGAAGGUCCUUCUUCAGUUAUCAGCAAUGACGACGAUUCGGCAAGUCCCCUCCAUCACAUCUCAAAUGGCAGUAACACUCCGUCUUCUUCUGAGGGGGGUCCGGACGCAGUCAUCAUCGGGAUGACAAAGAUUCCUGUCAUUGAAAAUCCCCAGUACUUUGGGAUUACUAACAGUCAGCUCAAGCCAGAUACCUUCGUUCAGCACAUCAAGCGCCACAAUAUCGUUCUUAAAAGAGAACUGGGAGAAGGAGCCUUUGGGAAAGUCUUUCUGGCUGAAUGCUAUAACCUCUGUCCCGAGCAGGACAAGAUCUUGGUGGCAGUGAAGACGCUGAAGGAUGCCAGUGACAAUGCUCGGAAGGACUUCCACCGUGAGGCAGAGCUGCUGACGAACCUGCAGCAUGAACACAUCGUCAAGUUCUACGGUGUCUGCGUCGAGGGCGAUCCGCUCAUCAUGGUCUUUGAGUAUAUGAAGCAUGGAGAUCUGAACAAAUUCCUCAGGGCACAUGGACCAGAUGCAGUACUGAUGGCAGAAGGCAACCGUCCUGCUGAGCUGACCCAAUCCCAGAUGCUCCACAUUGCCCAGCAGAUUGCUGCUGGUAUGGUUUACCUGGCAUCACAGCACUUUGUGCAUCGGGAUCUUGCUACCCGGAAUUGCCUGGUUGGUGAGAACCUGCUGGUGAAGAUCGGGGAUUUUGGGAUGUCUAGAGAUGUGUACAGCACAGACUACUAUAGGGUUGGGGGUCACACCAUGCUGCCCAUCCGUUGGAUGCCUCCAGAGAGUAUCAUGUACAGGAAGUUCACCACAGAGAGUGACGUCUGGAGCCUGGGGGUUGUGUUAUGGGAAAUCUUUACCUAUGGCAAACAGCCAUGGUAUCAGCUCUCAAACAACGAGGUGAUUGAGUGCAUCACUCAGGGCCGAGUCCUGCAGCGACCUCGCACGUGCCCCAAGGAAGUGUAUGACUUGAUGCUGGGCUGUUGGCAACGGGAGCCUCACAUGAGGCUCAACAUCAAAGAAAUCCAUUCCCUCCUCCAGAACUUGGCCAAGGCAUCUCCAGUCUACCUGGAUAUUUUAGGCUAAUGCCUCCUAGCAUUUCUUCUUAUGGGCUGCGUGAAUGAAUGUGUUCAACUGCCGCUGAACUCCAUUAAAACGUGUUCUUAACUUUGACAGUAUUAAUGACAAAGUUGUGGAGAAGCUUUCAAAGGGCAAGCAAUGUGCACUUCUCCAUCUGUAGACACAGUAUUGACUUUUAAGACAUUAUUGAGACGUAUCUCUUUUCUCUCUCUCUGUCUUUCAGUUUCUAUCAUUUUUUUUCUCUCUCCUCUCUUUCUAAUCAAUUUGGCUUCUGCGUUAUUGUAACUCUGCAUAGACAAAGGCCUUAAAAACCUGAUCUGUUUUAUCAGCAGACUCUCCAGUUUGCCCACCACAACUAACAAUGCCUUGUUGUAUUCAUGCCUUUGAUGUGGAUGAAAAAAAGGGAAAAAUAUAUUUGACUCGAACUUUGUGAUUUCUGCUGUACAGAUACUGGGAGUUUCUAUGGAUUCACCUCAAUUUUUUUGCUUCGGCAUGUGGGUGGAAAAAGAAGACUAGUGUUCUCUACACGAAGCGUAUUUCUUGUGGAGAUAAAGCCAAAUGGAAAGAAAACAGCAUUGUGUGAUCCACUGCCUGGAGGAACUAUGGGAUCAGAUGGCAUCCAACCCCACUAAAAAAACACUGAAACGAUUUGAUGGAAGGCAAGAGGGAGUUUAGCACUUUCCCUGGAGAGUCUUUCUGAGGAGUAAAGGGAUUGUUCAAGGAGGUGCUUGGCCAGCACUUUUCGUUACCAGAUACAAGUCUAUGGUAAAAGGGAAAAAGAUGCUGCCUGCACUGCACACAAUUAUGUUACAUCAUGAUAAACUAAACACAUGCCCUUAUUUUGUCUUCUGGUAGGAUAUUGUCAUGCCACUGGUAUAAAAAUGUUCUCCAGCUCAUCUUUGGUAAUAAAGGCUGAAGCUAGGCUUAUUAAUGUACAGUAUUAAUUUCAGGAUUAAGUGUUGAAAUAAGGGUUUUGAUAAGAUAGGACAAGCUAUUGAUUCUGGGGCAGGUGUAUCUUAUAUUGUGCUUGUCCAGCAGCAUAUUCCUUCCUUCUUCAAUCCUUUUUCUUUUUUUUUUUUUAACCGUGCAGCCAAAACUGUGCAUGGUCUUUGUCGAUUAAUGCCCUUUGUGCAGAAACUAUCACUCAUCUUGUAGUACACCCUAUUAGGCAUAGCGAACUCAUAAUGGUACAACUUAUAUUUCAUUAAAUGGAGCUAAUGGAGGACAUUAGCUAUGUUAAAAUGCCUUUACAAUGUUACAGAUACAAUAGGCUGAUAUUACAUGAGUAAUGUAAAACAUGGAGAUCGCUGGUUAUGUUUGAGCCAUGGCAGAAAACAGAGUGAGAUCCCUGGAGAAAACAAAUGUGACUCUGUGGUUAUGGCUUACUGUUCAGAGCACACAGACCCUGAGCUCAGCACCACGUUUGUAUUGGUACUAGUGCCGUCAUUCCCAGCAUCCACUCUUUCUUAAAUUAUUUCUUUUUGGUUGGAUGGGCAUUGUACGUGUACAGCAUUUGCAUGGCCACUGUGUUGAUGACAACUGCAUGGGCAUAUCUGUUAUUUUUCAAACCGGAAGUUGAAGAUUUCAAAUUUAGAGUUAGGAUUAUUUUUAAUAUGAAUUCUUACAAAUGAAAACCUACCUUACCUAUUCCUCAAGACUUUUGCCUCCCUCUGUGAGGGGGCGUUACUGCAAAAAAGUGAUCUUUCUUCUCUUUUUCUCAUUUUGUUUCUUCUUAUUGAUAUGAGCCAGAUCAAAAUAGUCCUUCAUCUUUGUGUUAGGGGUAUUUUAUUUAAUAAAUUAAGCAUUUUAUUUUUGUAAGUGUUCCCAUAACAUUUUUAAUAUAUAAUUUGCUUGCAUAUAUUAUUUAUUGAGGCACUUUAGGUUUUUCCUUCAGAAGCUUUUAGAGCUAGUCAUAAAGAUUUUGAACAUUUUUGAAAGAAAAGUCCACUGGACAGUGAUGGAGUUUUACCCUUCUCAAUGUCAUUGAAAAGGCAGCAUUACAAAUAAACAUGACAGUAUAACUAUAAAGCCAUACUCAGUAUUUCUUUAAUAAACUAGAUGUUAUUUCGUAACCACUACUGAACUGGAAACACUCAAAAAGCCAGAGGAAGAUUCCUACAAAAUGGGCCUUAAGAUUUUAUCUAGACCGUCCUGGAAGUUCACACAGAAAGCUGGAUAAUGACUGAGCAUGCAGUGAAACCCAUCCUCUUGAGAAUCUGAGUAUUGUUUUUUGAAGGAUUUUGAAGUUCAUUUUCAAUAUAACAGCAGGGGGAGAAGGAAGGUGUCAGAGCCCGCUGAGGCUGUGCAAUGGGAGAGGGUUGCAGGUGGUGGAAGGGGAAGCUUCUGCCUGCUGUGUUCUCUCUCAGUUUCUUAGGAGCUUAAGAAAAACGCAUCCAAGAUGCUCUUCUGUUGGAAAGCAGGCUCUAGCCUGAAAGCCACCAGGUGGGUUUUGCAAGCACUGAAAGAAUGUAUACCAAAAAAACCCAACAAACCAACAAAACCCUGAAGUUGUACUUAGUGGCAUCUUCUUUUUGAUUUACUAGUGAGACUAUUAGAGUUUUUUCAGAGAAUAAAUAGCGUUGCAAUGCAUUGUGCAAUAACAUAGCAGUAUGUUAAACUUCUAAAGGACCAAAUGUUCUUCAGAGCCACCGGUACAGAUAACCUUGACCUAUAUCAUGAAUGUUCUUGAUAGUGCAUAAAAUGUAUAAUCAAAGUAGACAAGCUGUUAACUAUAGCUAUACACAUUUUGCGUUUAUUCAUGAAAAGGUGGGUAAGUGUAGCAGAAUGAGCAGAGAAGAAGAAAUGUGCUCAAAUCACAAUACAGGGUGAGUAUAUGUGGACAUUUAUCACGCUUGCACUGUCAGCUAAAUUGUAUACACUGAGUAAAUACGACAAUCAAUCAGGCUCAUUUAAAAAGUCUUUCUGGACUAUGCUAUGAACUGAUCAUAUAUAUAAUAUAUAUUAUAUAUGUGUGUUUACAUAUGGCAUAUAUAUAUACACACACACAUAGCAUAUACAUGUAUGCGUAUGUCUGUUGUAUUUUAUUUAUAUAUGUGCAGACAUGCAUGCACAUUAUAUACGGGUUGUGUGUAUAUGUAUAAAUUUACAUACACCUACGUGAUUACAAAUGAUAAUUAGAAUAGAGUGCUAUUAAUAAAUUGAUAAAAGUCUGCUGAGUAACCAAAAUCAUUUUUUUUCUUUUGAUAUUUCUUUUUCUAUGUUUUUAAGACUCAACUUUUUAGCUGGUGUGCAGCAGAGGAAGUGCUAGAAUGCCAGAGAUAUAAUGACAAGCACUUUUUUUUUUCUCUGAACGAUUGCAUAAAAGCAUUUUUACCAUUCCCAUCUCACUGUUGAUUUCUCACAAGGAAAUGAACAGAUUAGCUUCUGAGCUCCGAAAGCAGAGUUUGAUUUACUGUCAUUUUUGGGUUUGUUCUAUUGUUGUUUUAUUGUCCUGGACUAACAGUGCCGCUCCAUUAGCAUUUUAUACUCGUCUGCAGUAACAAAGUAAUUCCAAGAAUGAGCUGGACUAUUCAGACUGCAACACAACUUGUAGGACAAUGGUGAGAACGCCGAAAUUCAGCAGUAAUAAUAGCAGCAUUUGCCACACACUGUCCUUCACUCGCGAUAAAGCUGCAGAACUCAGAACUGUGGAGAACAGAUAUUAGUAAAGCAACAGCACCCCAUGAUGCAUGAUGGAGUGUACCCUUUUAAAAAGGACUUAAUUCAUUUUGAUUUGUAAACCAAUAUAUCAAUAUAUUGUCUACAGUUUAAUAAAUAACUGGCAUUUUUUCUUUCCUUCUUUCUUUCUUUCUUUCUCUCUCUCUCUCUCUUUCUUUCUUUCUUUCUUCUCUUUCUCUUUCUUUCUCUUUCUUUCUUUCUUUUCUGUCUCUUGUUCUCUCAUUUUCUCGUUCUCUCUCUCUGUACCCCACCUUUUUAAGAGAUUGUUUUUGUUGUGGUUGAUGUAGACUUUUGCAAAACUCUUUGAAAAGGAAAGAAAUAACCCAAUAAAAUGAUCAGGUCACUGGA